CGAUGUUGAUAAAGACGACAUUGUGUCCGCCUGUAAGACGUAUUAUGAGACGGUACACAGGAGCUGAAGCUGCCAAGAAUUCAGCUCUGAGUCGAGCUAGAAGAAAGAGGUUGCUGGAAUCGAGGCAGAGUGUGCAGGCGGAUGUGGAAGUGGAACUCUGGAAGUCCGCCACCGUAGACCUCAUGGCUGACGAAGAAGAUGGUGUCGUUGGCGGUGUCUCUGGAUGGAUUGUACGGCCGUCGUCAUUUCGUAGGCCGGAUCUCUCUGAACUCUGUGUGAAGCUGCAGUCCCGGUUAGAGGCGACGCCGAAGUACAGAGCCACGCACAGCAGGCGUCUGCACAAUGGACCUGCCUCGGGGAGAAUGCUGCCAGUUACCUCCAACCCCGAGGAGGCAAACGGGCAGUUCACGGAGUAGUAAUUUUUGGAUACGCAUGUGUGGGCAGAUCCUCGCGUUGUAUAUAGUUGUGUUUGUUUUAAUAAAGCUCUUUCUUUGCAUAAACA